AUUGCUUGCGCGCGAUUCUGCCCCUAUGCCGUUGUCGCCGUGCAGACGCCGCCCGUUGACUGCAACUUCGCUCUAUGCAUGCAUACGCUAAAGAUGGCAGGCGUGUACGACAAGCGCCGCGUGCUCGGCAUCAACUCGAUCAGCUCUAUGCGCGCCAACCAGCUGUUCUGUGCGCUGACUGGCGCCGACCCUGCUACCACCCACACGCCUGUUAUCUGCGGCACGGGCAGAUGUACGCGAGUACCAGUCUUCUCUAAAGGGAAAGCUGGCAACUUCCCACAGACGCAAGUGGAAUGCCUCACAAAGUUGGUGAGGGAGGCUGAUGAGAUUAUAUGUAAGGUUAAAGCCAAUUAUGAGCAAGGUCAUCUCUCCAUCGGGUUCUCGUCUGCAAGAUUUGUUACUAGCGUUAUGAAAGGUAUGUUCGAGAAUAAGUCGUUUAUCGACAGCGCACUAGUAGAACAGGAGGAGGCGGGGAAAUGCUACGGCAUGGAAAUCUGCGCCACGCCGUUGUCUAUUGGCAAGGGAGGGAUUGUGGAGUAUGUUGUACCCACACUCAAUGAAGUAGAGACCAAGCUGUUAGAAGAAAGCAAGUGUGAUCUCGAAGAUAUGUUGAACCUGGGCCGGUGUUACGCGGUGGGCGAAGAGUACUGCUUGAAUCCCUGCAAGAUCUACAACUACCCGCCAUGUAUGCCUUGCGAGAUUUGUAGAUCGGGAGAAUUGAAAAGGAAUAGAUAACUUAAACAUUACUUACCGAAAGGCAUUUUAUAUUUUAAUAUUUUAAUGCAAUUUAAAACUAUUUAACAACUCAUUGAGACUGAAUCCGAAAUCCCAAUGUUUAUAUUUUUCUAGUUAUAAUCCAGCGAUGAUUUUGAUCGUUGGACUAAAGUACUUCACUUAUAAUCAAACAAAAACAUU